UGAACUUUGGAGAUAAAUAUACAGUAAGUGUCAGUUUUAGUCCACCAUGUUACUAACAUCAUUUGUUAGUGUUUCUAUUGUUCUCAUAGUAAGUGUAAGUGGAGAAAAUAUUACAGUAUCAACUUCCAAAGGGGGUGUGGUAGGGUUAAGAGUCAGUCUCAACCCAGCAACAGGUGUGUCUUAUGAUGCAUUCCUAGGAGUUCCAUACGGAAAGGUCCAUUCCCGUUUUCAGCCACCGUCAGCCCGAGAUGCCUGGAAUGAACCUCUUCUUGCUCAAAAGGAUGGACCGAUGUGCCCGCAACUCGACGUGGAAUUCAACGAAGACUGCCUUUAUCUGAACGUCUUCACGCCUGUGAAUGCUUCUCAGACAUCCGUUGCCCGACCUGUGAUGGUGUAUAUCCAUGGAGGAGGUUUUAGCUUCGGUUCCAGCUCAUCCCUCCAGUACGGGCCUGACUUUUUGAUCCCUCAAGAGGUUAUUCUAGUCACAGCCAACUAUCGGCUAGGGGCAGCAGGAUUCCUGACCUUAGGAACUCCUGAUGCACCAGGAAACCUAGGCUUGUACGACACUAUGCUAGCUCUAAAGUGGGUCCAACAGGAGAUCAGAAUGUUUGGAGGAGAUCCCACACUAGUGACUCUGUUCGGUCAUAGUGCUGGAUCAGUUUUGGUAAUGUCUCACUACAUAUCUCCAGUCUCCACAGGCCUUUUUAAGCAGGCGAUAAGUCAGAGUGGCUCAUUAUUGGUCAAUUUACUGCCUUCCAAAGAGGCUGUUCGAAGAGCCAAACUUCUCUCAGAUGCUGUAGGCUGUGACUCAUCGCUCAACAGUACCUUACUUCUGAGCUGUCUACAAAGAGUGGACAUAAAAAAAAUUGUAGCCGAGCAAAACGUGGCCUUACCGAUAGAGUAUAUAGCCAAAGGAGCGACCCUGCGUUUCACACCGGUUAUCGACUCGUUCGCAACGAAUUCUUUCUUUCCGGACUCCUUGGAUAACCUGAUGAAAGGAGCAAUAAACAGAUCAAAACCACUUAUCACUGGGUUCGCUGCUGCAGAUGGAAUCGUCAAGUUUCAAGAUACGGAACAGGUCUGGAAGCUUUCGGAGGCCAACCUUGCUGCUUUUAUUCGCAAAAAUAACCUUGGAUCACUUUCUUCAAACUUGAUAUCUUUAAUGACUGAACAAAUUAGAACAAAAUAUUUUCCAGUAUCACCAGGACAAAAUAAGAUCAUUGACUUAGUCAACCUGUACACCGACGCUCUCUUUGCAUAUCCUACAAUUGUGACAACUCGAGCAUUCGCAAAUUUCACCUACGGCUACAUGUAUGAUUUCCUCGGAGCGUGGAAUCCUAUGCCAGAUUACUUUUCCCAAUUCAAAGUGACAGGAGUAUUUCACGGGGCAGAAUUGACUUAUCUGUUCUACUCUGCAAAUAGUUCACAAGACUUAGGAAAAUGUUUGACGAAUCUGCCUGCUAUUGCCAUGAGAAACAGUCUAGUUAGUAUGUGGACACACUUUGCUAAACAUGGGUCUCCCAACGCUUCAUUAUCCUGGCACACCUUGGCCACAGGGAACUACCUGUUGAUUGGAGAACAACUCUCCUUGCUGAACAGUUCUGCGGUAGAAGAACAACAUUACCAGUUCUGGGCGGACUUGGUGACUCAAAACAACUCCGGCAAUGUGUUGGGGAACCUGGUGAUGGUGUUAGCUGUAUCUAUAAUCUUAUAUUUUUGAAUGUAAACAUAUGAAAUACAACCUGUGUAACAACUUA